UGCUGGAUAGGGAGAGUGGAAGGGAGCGUGGGCUUAGGAAGUAAGCCUGGGUUUAAGAGUACAUGGACCACAAGGAGCUAACCAUUCUUCUGCGGACCAGCAUCCAGGGCACUUUUCAGAGAGAAGGAAACCCUGGGAGGGAAGAACUUGUUGAACAGGAAGCCACAAGAAUCUUUGAAGCUAUUUGGGUAUGUAGGUAAAAUGAAGCUGACUUUGGUGCAGAUCUUUUUCAUGAUGUUGCUGCUGUUGCUGGGCCUGGGGAUGGGCCUGGGGUUGGGGCUUCAGAUGGCUGCAGCAGUCCUGGAGGAUAGUGAUCAAUCACUGAAUGACUUUUGGUCCAGUGACUCACAGGAGAAGGCCGAGACCACUAAGGAGGGAGAUGGCCCCCGAACCACAGAAACCCUGCUGCUUAGCAACAAAGGAGUGGUUCAACCUGUGUGGCCAGAAGAGACUAUCCUCGCUGAAGAUGAAGUUGGAGGAAACAAGAUGCUCAGAGCUGAUGCUCUCUUUCAGAGUGACAAAGACUAUCUUAGGCUUGACCUGAUGAACAGGGAAUGCAAUUCCCUAAUGGCACAUAAGGUGAAGAAGCGCAACCACACAUGUAUACCUGAGUACACAUUCAUCCAUGAGGAACUAGACACAGUCAAAGCUGUCUGUAAGAAUCCUGUUGUUGCCUGUGAUCUCAAGGGAGCCAAAUGUCACAAAAGCUCCCGUCCUUUUGAUUUGACAUUCUGCAAGUUAUCCAAACCAGGCCAAGUCACUCCUCACUGCAAUUACCUAACUUUCAUUUUUGAAAAGUUCAUUAUUAUAUCCUGUAAUGACAUGAAGGUCAAGAUAACAUGAAGGUCUGGACAAUGAAGCAACUUCUCCUCCUCUUCCUCUUCACCUUCUCUCCUUCCUCUUCCUUUCCACUUCUUUCUCACAUUGUUUCUUCCUCUUAGGUAUUCUGCAAAAAGGUUCUGGGAAGAGAAACCAGCCUAUUCUUUAUCAUUUUCUUCUGAAAAUAUUAUUCUUCUUUGCUCUCGGGUUCACCCAACUUGCAUUUUGUUCCUGGAAUUAUAGGUGGCAGAAGAAAGUAAUGAUGUCUAGUCUCUCUAGGUUCUCCAUCUCUUGGAUCUUAUCUCCUGCCCUGGAAAGAGAUAAGUAAAGAACUGCUUGGUUUCUCCUGUGAUCCUGGUCAUCAGUCUGCUCCUUGCUCUGUUUGUCUUUGGGUAUGGAUUACAUGAGUUUAAUGCAUCCUUUACCCAUGUUCUUCCCUGCUACCCGCCGUGAGCCUCUAGGAUAAUCACAUCAGCCUCCUGGGCUUUCCACACAGCACU